AUUUGGGCAACUUCCGAAAACCUGUGCUCUCGUCAAGAACAUACCUUCACUGUAGCUCUCUCACUUCAUUCUCCGUUAAAAGUUUCUUUGAAAUCCAUGCUAAUAUUUUUGGUUUAUACAAUAAUUAUUUUCUUAAAAGUAAAAAAUAAAAUUGAUCACAACUCCACAAAAUCCACUGUAGUCUCUAACUCAAAUCAAGUCACCGGAACCCUAACUCCAAACUGCCACCAGCAACCUCUCCCAACUUCUCACCGCCGAUGUUCGCCCCAAUUACAAAAUGGUAUCAAGAUGGAAGGCCCCAGAAACCCUGAAACCAUACUUCUUCGAGUCUCUCCUCAGCUCCCUCUCCACGUCGCCGUCAAAGUCCGCCACCGCCGCCGCCCACAUCCACUCGCAGCUUCUCACCAACGGCCUCCUUCCCCCAUCCUCUCCUUCCGGUUACCUCAACACCAAACUCCUCCAACUCUACGCCGACGGCGGCGAUCUCCAUUCCGCCCUCCACCUGUUCGACAGUUUGCCUCACCCAAACAUUUUCGCUUGGACCCCCAUCAUUGCCUUCCUAUCCCGCAUUGGCGAUCACCGCCGAUCUCUAUCCACUUACUCCCGCAUGCGCGCCGCCGGUAUUCCCCCCGACGGCUACGUCCUUCCCGUCGCUCUCCGAGCCGCCACCUUCUCCCACUUCGCCGCCGCCGCCCUCCACUCAAACGCCGUCAAGUUCGCCGCAACCGCCAAUCUCCACGUCAGCAACGCCUUAAUCAAAGCCUACGCCUACUCCGGCGACCUCACCUCCGCCGAUCGCGUCUUCGCCUCCAUGGACCGCCGCGAUCUCCUCUCCUGGAAUUCCAUGAUCUCCGUCUUCGUUUCAGCCGGGUCCACCGAUCCCGCGCUAGAGCUUUUCCGGUCAAUGGCAUCCGACGGCUAUGAACCGGACAUCGUAACGUGGAACACGAUAUUGGACGGCUACUGCCGUGCCGGACGCUGCGCGGAGGCCGUCGAGAUUUUUAACCGGGUAAAGGACCCCAACGUGGUGUCCUACACAACCAUCAUCCUCGGCCAUGCUCGGAGCGGGAAUCACGACGCAGCCAUAGGAAUAUUCCGGCGAAUGGUGAGCGGCGGCGCUGUUUCACCUGAUCAGGAUAUGUUAUCGUGCGUCGUGGCUUGCUGCCGCCAUUUGGGGGCCCUCCGGGCCGGCGGCGAGGUCCACGCUUUUGGGCUGAAGACAUUGAAUCCGGUCGCGUUCUACUGUUCCGCAGGAGCGGCUUUAGUCGCUCUAUACUCGGGAAACAAGUUAAUCACAUACUCCCGACGAGUAUUCGACUCGAUGGAUCCUACGGACCUGAUGAAACGGAAUGCAUUGAUCGCUGGGCUCACGCACGCUGGGAUGGUUAGUGAAGCGCUGGAUCAAUUUAAGGAAACACAGUUGUGGGACGUCGGAACGGACCCUACUACUCUAGCGAGCGUCCUCCCGGCUUGCUCGAUGAUUCAAGGGAAACAAAUACAUGCCCACGCUAUAAGGAAUUAUUACGAUUUUGCCACCGAGGUGUACAACGCACUUAUCAGCGUUUACGCUAGUGGUGGCUGCAUCACUGCCGCAUGGUCGGUGUUCUUGGCCGCUUGUAUGGCACGGGAUGUGGUGACCUGGAAUGCGAUGAUUGCGGCGUAUGGGUCGCAUGGGCUUGGUGGGCCGGCUAUUGAGUUGAUAAGAGAGAUGAUGCGGGCUGGGCUUCGGCCGAAUUUGAUCACGUUCACGAGUGUUUUGUCGGCCUGCAAUCAUGCCGGGCUGGUGGACGUAGGAUUGGAGUGGUUUGACCGGUUUAGGAAUGAUGUGGGCUUAGUUCCGGAAAUGGUGCAUUAUGCCUGCGUGGUGGACAUGUUGGGACGGGCGGGGAGGCUUGAGGAAGCUGUGGGAUUUAUAAGGAGGAUGCCUGAGAGGGCGGGAGCAAGUGUGUGGGGAGCAUUAAUGGCGGCAAGCAGAGCUCACCAGAAUGUGGAGUAUGGAAAACUGGCAUUCGAAGAGCUGCUGAAGGUUGAGCCGGAGAAUGCUGGGAACUAUGUGGCAAUGGCGGGGAUGUAUGGGAGAGUGGGAAGGUGGGAGGAGGCGAAGAUGGUGAGGAGGAUGAUGGAGAGGAGAUGUGUGGUCAAGCCUUAUGGAUACAGUCGGAUUCAGAUGGAGUAGUGGCUUUCGUCUGCCUUCCCGCAGCCACCUCUCGCCCAUGGGCUGACUUCUCCGCCGCCACCCACUACUGAAUGCCAGUCGCCCGCAGGCUGCCGACCUCCCGCCACCUGCUGUGUCCCGCCGUUGCCACCAACCUCCUGCUGUCGUAAUGAUUUAUAUUGAAUUCGUUUUUUCAUCAAAUCAACCAAGAAUAUGCAAAACCAUGCAUAUAUUUUUCUAUUGAACCAAACAAUUUUAAAAUAUUUCAAAUACAAUACAUUACUUUAACAAUUCAUUUCUUUUACAUGAUAUUUCUUUUUCAA